AUGUCUUCAAAUAAAUCAAAAAAAUGCACAACUCAGGUUAAAUUGGAAUUUAAAAAAGUCAUAGAAAAUAUCAAAUUAUUAGAGCAAGCACAACACGAAACGGAAUCACAAGAAAAUCGAAAUCUACAAGACCUAACAAAACAAACCGAAGAACUGCUACAAAAACUUGAAGCAAAGCCAUUAGAAAAGUGUGCAGACAAAAUACAGAAACUGCAAAGGAAAAGGCAGCGAAAAAAACUCAAAAAGAAACAAUGGCAGGCAAAGUUGAAACAACAGGAAUCUAUAGAUGAACUGCCAGAAGAAGAAACUGAGACCAAACCAUCUGUUAGCCAAAUUAAUACAAAUAAAUCUCACACGGUUCCACAUAAACUCCAUCAUCACUUAAAAAGUCUUCAUGAAUGUCAACGUUUUUUGAAAACCUUUGAACUAUUGCAACAAUUACAUUUGUCACGUGGCCAAGAUCCGGCCAAAACACGAGAAUUUUCUUCGAAAUUACAAUAUUUGAAAUUUGUUUGGAAUUCGCUACUGCAAGAAAGGCAAAAUGAGCAUACCAACAAGGAACAACAACUCGAAGAUGAAUGGAAUCGUGUCUUAUUUGGUAUGUCGGAGAAAACCUAUUUUGAGGGGAAACCAAAUGUGAAAUAUUUUCUAAGAAAAAGGCACAUUUGGGAUUCUUAUAUAGAUAAUACUCAUGGUACUUCCAUACCCAUUGGUUGGGUUAUACCUCCUAAAAAACCUAAUAUCCAAUGGUCGGAAUAUUUGGAAACAAGUUGA